GCCUUCACUGUGCUUGAUUACACGCUGCUGUGCUUUUACUAUGAUAUAUAAGAGAGCGUUAUGUUCUGCAAGUGGUACCCUCCGCUACCACAUCAAUUGCCACUGAAGAUCAUAUGGCAUAUGUGAUCCGAUGGGAAUUAACAGCACAGGAUUCAACCUCAGAAACUGCACUAAACGGACUGCGCUGUGUUUAGACGGUUGAGUUAACAAACAGGGGGAAAAAAAUCGAGCUGCAAUAAUCGAAACUGAAACUAUAAUGCUAAUCACCCCCGCUACCCAGUUGUGCAAUGCGCAAUAAAAGAAAGCCCAGGAUCAUCGGCGGUGCGCAGCGAGCUCAGUGCCGCUUAACGGGUGUUUGUAUUCAAGACCUACAAGUUAGCCGUGCAGUUGAAGAAUGAGACGUGAACUCUUUUUUCUAAUCUUUAUGUCUGCAGUGACCCAGUGUGGAGCUCUUGAAGGGCCGGCACCGCGGCCAGUGCUGACCCUGCAGGCUGGCUGGCCGGAGAUAUUCGUGGGGGAGAGUGUCACUCUGAGGUGUGUGAUUGCGAGGCAGGCUGGGGGCUGGAGGUACACCUGGUACAGAGAUGGGAUUGCUGUGCGCGAGAUGUACUCCGACCAGCUGGACGGUGCUGAAUACACAAUAAGAGACGCUUCUCGCUACCAUAGCGGAGACUACACCUGUCAAGGGGAAAGGAGCUUCUCACCAGUACACCAGUCAGUGCGCAGCGAACCUGUCAAGAUACUGGUGUCCACUGGGCUGGUGAUCCUGCAGGCUCCUCUGAUGCCCCUCACUCAGGGAGAGGGGGUGACCCUGCGAUGUCGUGUCCGGGGGAACCCUUCCCUCUCUCAGGUGCUUUUCUACAAGGAUGACAAAGUGAUUGGCUCUCAGGCCAGCCCAGUGCUGACCAUGGCCCAUCUCACAGAGGAAGACGAGGGCAGCUAUUGGUGCAGAGCCACCUGGGGGAGGCAGUGGAACCUGUGCUCUGCCCGCUCCCUGGAGGUCAAGCUCUCAGUCACAGGGCCGGCACCGCGGCCAGUGCUGACCCUGCAGGCUGGCUGGCCGGAGAUAUUCGUGGGGGAGAGUGUCACUCUGAGGUGUGUGAUUGCGAGGCAGGCUGGGGGCUGGAGGUACACCUGGUACAGAGAUGGGAUUGCUGUGCGCGAGAUGUACUCCGACCAGCUGGACGGUGCCGAAUACACAAUAAGAGACGCUUCUCGCUACCAUAGCGGAGACUACACCUGUCAAGGGGAAAGGAGCUUCUCACCAGUACACCAGUCAGUGCGCAGCGAACCUGUCAAGAUACUGGUGUCCACUGGGCUGGUGAUCCUGCAGGCUCCUCUGAUGCCCCUCACUCAGGGAGAGGGGGUGACCCUGCGAUGUCGUGUCCGGGGGAACCCCUCCCUCUCUCAGGUGCUUUUCUACAAGGAUGACAAAGUGAUUGGCUCUCAGGCCAGCCCAGUGCUGACCAUGGCCCGUCUCACAGAGGAAGACGAGGGCAGCUAUUGGUGCAGAGCCACCUGGGGGAGGCAGUGGAACUGGCGCUCUGCCCGCUCCCUGGAGGUCAAGCUCUCAGUCACAGAGCUGUUCAGUGAGCCUGUUCUGCAGCUGCUGUCAGGGACCCCAGUGCUGGGGAAGUCUCUGACUCUGAGGUGCCUGGCUCAGUUAACGGCUCGAAAGCCAGACACAGUGCUACGCUACUAUUUUCUGAAGGAGGGGUGGAUGCUGGGGACGGCCACUUCGAGGAACGUGUUCACAUUGACAGCAGCACAGCUCAGGCACGCCGGGAGCUACAAGUGCAAAGUGACAGCAGACGGGACCAGCGUUGUGAUGCUGAGCAAUUCUGUGCAGGUUGGAUUCACUGCUGAUCCUGUAGAGGAGGACUAUGAGGAGAGUGCCUACAAACCUGGACCUGCCAACCUCUCUACUGUGUACUCUAAACCUACUGUCCACUCCUACCCAGACUCCCCCAGUCUCUCUCCCCCCUCUCUCCCUGAUACCUCUAUUGACACUGCCCACCCCCUCCCAGACUCCCCCAGUCUCUCUCCCCCCUCUCUCCCUGAUACCUCUAUUGACACUGCCCACCCCCUCCCAGACUCCCCCAGUAUCUCUCCCCCCUCUCUCCCUGAUACCUCUAUUCACACUGCCCACCCCCUCCCAGACUCCCCCAGUCUCUCUCCCCCCUCUCUCCCUGAUACCUCUAUUGACACUGCCCACCCCCUCCCAGACUCCCCCAGUAUCUCUCCCCCCUCUCUCCCUGAUACCUCUAUUCACACUGCCCACCCCCUCCCAGACUCCCCCAGUAUCUCUCCCCCCUCUCUCCCUGAUACCUCUAUCCACACUGCCCACCCCCUCCCAGACUCCCCCAGUAUCUCUCCCCCCUCUCUCCCUGAUACCUCUAUUGACACUGCCCACCCCCUCCCAGACUCCCCCCUGAUACCUCUAUCCACACUGCCCACCCCCUCCCAGACUCCCCCAGUAUCUCUCCCCCCUCUCUCCCUGAUACCUCUAUCCACACUGCCCACCCCCUCCCAGACUCCCCCAGUAUCUCUCCCCCCUCUCUCCCUGAUACCUCUAUCCACACUGCCCACCCCCUCCCAGACUCCCCCAGAUCUCUCCCCCCUCUCUCCCUGA